AUGGUAGUUGCCCAUACCGCUUUCUACAAAGCGAAAAUCUCCAUGGUCCAGUUUAUGUGCGAUGUGCUCAACGAACGUGCUGGUGCGUACCGUAAUCCGUCGUCCACCACUCGCAGCAGUUACGGCACAACUGCUCAGCCGGGACGCACAUACGGUACAACCCGAGGUGGCACUGCCACGAGCACCGGACGUGGUGGUUACCACACGUACCCGCCCAGGACCACACAUACUACGCCGCAGCGACAUGAAGAGCCACUUGGAAUGCUAUCGCCCAGCACCCUGUACAAGGAGUUCUCGCUGUCUAAUCACGAGAUGAAAAUCCUCGCCGAAGCAGUGAAGGGCAUAAAAAUCAGAAUAUCACACCGCAAGGGCGCCGUUCGUGUCUACCGUGUCAACAGCCUUCAAAUGCCAGCAGACCAACUCACGUAA